AAGCCACAUAGAGAUGAUGAAGAGAUUCAAGAUAUGGACAUACAGAGAAGGAGACCAGCCUUUGGUCCACUAUGGACCGAUGAGAGGCCUAUACGGCAUCGAAGGCCAGUUCAUCGACGAGAUGGAGGACAAGCAGAACCCGUUCAGGGCUCGCCGUCCUGACGAGGCGCACGCCUUCUUCCUCCCUUUCAGUGUGGCCAACGUCAUCAACUACGUGUACACGCCGAUCCUCUCCAUGAGCGACUACUCACGCGAGAGAUUGCAGAGAUUCGCGGGUGAUUACGUUAGCGUCGUAGCAAAUAGGUAUAGGUAUUGGAAUCGUAGCGGUGGUGCUGAUCAUUUCAUGGCAUCUUGUCAUGACUGGGGUCCAGAUAUCUCAUCAGCCAACCGUGAGCUCUUCAAGAACUUCAUCAGAGUCCUCUGCAAUGCCAACACUUCAGAAGGAUUCAGACCAGAAAUAGAUGUCUCCAUGGCGGAUGUCUACUUAACUCGUGGGAAACUCGGCCCUCCUCGCUUAGGGCUAGAUCCUAGCAACCGCACAAUCCUCGCCUUCUUCGCGGGGGGAGCGCACGGCUUCAUCCGUGAACUCUUGCUCGAGCAUUGGAAGGACAAAGAUGCUGACGUCCAAGUACACGAGUAUCUUCCUAAGGGCCAGCACUACACUCAAUUGAUGGGGAAGAGCAAGUUCUGCUUGUGCCCUAGCGGGUUCGAAGUAGCAAGCCCGAGGAUCGUGGAAUCGAUUUACGCAGGAUGCGUUCCUGUGAUAAUCAAGGACGAUUAUUGGUUGCCAUUCAGCGAUGUUCUCAACUGGAGUAAAUUCUCAAUUCAGAUUCCAGUUAAGAAGAUAAAAGAUAUCAAGACGAUUUUGCAAGCGAUCCCAAAUCAAAAGUACGUGAAAUUGCAAAAAAGAGUGGUCAAAGUUACAAGGCACUUUGAGUUGCAUCGGCCGGCAAAGCCGUUCGAUGUGAUCCACAUGAUACUUCAUUCCGUGUGGCUAAGAAGGCUAAAUUUAAAGCUGGAAUAG